AUGGCCCGGGAAGCCAGGCCUGGGGUGCCCAAGGGCAGGAAGGGCUGGGUGUUCCUUGCUUGCAUCUCUGUGGUGACCGCCAGGAGGUGGGCCACUGCCCGCCGUCCUAGUCCUACUAUCCGGAGCCCCACACCUUGGCCAACACCUCUGCUAGCCCCAGCCUCGGAGCCGCUGUUCCCGGGCUCCCGGCGGAGCCGCAGCGUGUGGGACGCCGUGCGCCUGGAGGUGGGCGGCCCCGACAGCUGCCCCGUGGUGCUGCACAGCUUCACGCAGCUCGACCCCGACCUGCCGCGCCUGGAGAGCUCCACGCAGGAGAUCGGCGAGGAGCUGGUCAACGGGGUCGUCUACUCCAUCUCCCUGCGCAAGGUGCAGGUGCACCACGGCACCAACAAGGGCCAGCGCUGGCUCGGGUGUGAAAAUGAGUCAGCCCUGAACCUGUACGAGACCUGCAAGGUGCGGACGGUGAAGGCAGGCACGCUGGAGAAGCUGGUGGAGCACCUGGUGCCAGCCUUCCAGGGCAGCGACCUCUCCUACGUCACCAUCUUCCUGUGCACCUACCGGACCUUCACCACCACCCAGCAGGUCCUGGACCUUCUGUUCAAAAGAUACGGGUGCAUCCUCCCCUAUGCCCACGAGGACGGCGGACCCCAGGACCACCUGAGAAAUGCCAUCUCCUCCAUCCUGGGCACCUGGCUGGACCAGUACUCAGAGGACUUCUGCCAGCCCCCGGACUUUCCCUGCCUCAGGCAGCUGGUGGCCUAUGUGCAGCUCAAUGUGCCUGGCUCCGACCUGGAGCGCCGUGCGCACCUGCUUCUGGCUCAGCUGGAGCACGCAGAGCUUACAGCAGAGCUGGAGGCUCUAUCACCAGCUCCAGCACCAGCUCUAAAACCAGCUCCAGAGCUAGAGACAGCUCCAACACCAGCUCUAGCGCCCAGUCCUACGCUGACUUCAGAGCUAAAGCCAGCUCCAGUGCCAGCUGUAGUGCCCAGUCCUGUGCCUACUUCAGAACAAGAGCCAGCUCCAGCGCCAGCUCUAGUGCCCAGUCUAGCACCGUGUCUAGUGCCCAGUCCAGUGCUGACUUCAGAGCAAGAGCUAGUGCUGGCCCGAGAACUUGAGCCUACGCUUGAACCAGCUCCAGAGCGAGAGCCAGCACCAGCACCUCUUGCAACAUCAACUCCAGAGCUGGACCCAGCUUUAUCACAAACUCUAGAGCUAGAGUCAGCUCCAGCACCAGAGCCUUCCUGGCCUUUGCCUGUGGCUGCAGAGAAUGGGCUGAGUGAGGAGAAGCCUCACCUCUUGGCAUUCCCUCCCGACCUGGUGGCAGAGCAGUUUACCCUGAUGGAUGCGGAGCUGUUCAAGAAGGUGGUGCCCUACCACUGCCUGGGCUCCAUCUGGUCCCAACGGGACAAGAAGGGCAAGGAGCACCUGGCUCCCACCGUCCGUGCCACCGUCGCCCAGUUCAACAGUGUGGCCAACUGCGUCAUCACCACCUGCCUCGGGGACCGGAGUGUGACGGCCCGGGACAGGGCCAGGGUGGUGGAGCACUGGAUUGAGGUGGCCAGGGAGUGCCGGGUCCUCAAGAACUUCUCUUCGCUCUACGCCAUCCUGUCCGCUCUGCAGAGCAACUCCAUCCACCGGCUGAAGAAGACGUGGGAGGAAGUGUCCAGGGACAGCUUGCGGGUCUUUCAGAAGCUGUCGGAGAUUUUCUCCGAUGAAAACAACUACUCGCUGAGCAGAGAGCUGCUUGUCAAGGAGGGGACCUCCAAGUUUGCCACCCUGGAGAUGAACCCCAAGAGAGCCCAGAAGCGGCCAAAGGAAACGGGUGUCAUCCAGGGCACCAUCCCCUACCUGGGAACAUUCCUCACAGACCUGGUGAUGCUGGACACUGCAAUGAAGGACUACCUGUAUGGGAGACUGAUCAACUUCGAGAAGAGGAGGAAGGAAUUCGAAGUGAUCGCCCAGAUCAAGCUGCUCCAGUCUGCUUGCAACAAUUACAGCAUCGAGCCCGAGGAGCAGUUUGGGGCCUGGUUCCGGGCCACAGAGCGGCUCAGCGAGGCUGAGAGCUACAACCUGUCGUGUGAGCUGGAGCCCCCCUCCGAGUCGGCCAGCAACACUCUGAAGGCCAAGAAGAACACAGCCAUCGUCAAGCGCUGGAGCGACCGCCAGGCCCCCAGCACAGAGCUGAGCACCAGUGGCAGCUCGCACUCCAAGUCCUGUGACCAGCUCAGGUGUAGCCCCUACCUCAGCAGCGGGGACAUUGCCGACGCACUGAGCGUCCACUCGGCCGGCUCCUCCAGCUCCGAUGUGGAGGAGAUCAACAUGAGCUUUGUCCCGGAGUCCCCUGAUGGGCAGGAAAAGAAGUUCUGGGAGUCGACCUCCCAGUCGUCCCCGGAGACCUCUGGCAUCAGCUCGGCCUCCAGCAGCGCCUCCUCCUCCUCGGCCUCCACCACGCCCGUGGCCGGCACCCGCACCCACAAGCGCUCCGUCUCCGGGGUGAGCAGCUACAGUGCCUCACUGCCGCUCUACAACCAGCAGGUGGGCGACUGCUGCAUCAUCCGAGUCAGCCUGGACGUGGACAACGGCAACAUGUACAAGAGCAUCCUGGUUACGAGUCAAGACAAGGCUCCGGCUGUAAUCCGCAAGGCCAUGGACAAGCACCACCUGGAUGGGGAUGAGCCCGAGCACUAUGAGCUGGUGCAGGUUAUUUCAGACGAGCGAAAGCUGAAGAUCCCUGACAACGCCAAUGUGUUCUAUGCCAUGAACUCUACUGCCAACUAUGACUUUGUCCUAAAGAAACGGACCUUCACCAAGGGGGCAAAGGUCAGGCACGGAGCCAGCUCCACCCUCCCCCGCAUGAAGCAGAAGGGACUCAAGAUUGCCAAGGGCAUCUUCUAGCCGGUCCCUCGUGCUGGCCCAGCCUCAGGACUGCCCUUUCCAGGGUCAGGCUGGCCGGGCAACGAAGCACUUGCUGACGAGAGUGGCCCAGGCCAGGCAGGCACCUUCCGCCCAGCCUGCCAGCCCAGGCCACCCCCAGACUCCAGUGUCUCCCUGGACCUCUCCCGCCGCCGGGAUUGACGCCUGCCCAUCAACGGGCUGACCUGGCCUCCCGUGGACCACUCGCCGCCUUAGGUGCCUUCUGCUCUCUGGAAUCAGAGGACUAGUGGACUUUGCCAAGGAGCGCUGCCAAGGGGCACGCCCGCACUACACCUCCCUCACGCCGUCCCAGGUGUGGGUCACUGCCGUCUGUGCCCACAGCACCCCAGGGCACCCACUCAUCCACUGGAUCUGACCACUGCAGUUCACUCCUCCCGCCCAUGGACACCAGCCGUGCCAUUCAGUGGGGUCCUGGCCCCCUCCCACCACUCUAGCCUUCCUCGGGCUGCACCAAAGAUCCCAUCGUCAGGGCCAACCGAGUGAGGGAGUUCUGCGCCCCCAGCCCGCUGGCUCUCGGAGAGGAGAGACCCUCUUCGUGGACCUCUCUUCACAGGUGACUGAGGACUGUCCCAGCCAAGUCCCCUUGACGUCACAGCUCACGACACUGCAAGUGCCAUUCGCCACUGCAUCCUGGGCUUCACGAGACCGCACCGGACAGGGUCCAUGGGAAAGGAGGGUUGGGGGGAGGGGAGGGGGUUGAAUAUUUGUAUAAAAGGCAAAAAUCAUGUUUACUGGUUGGGGAGGGGCAAUAUUUAUUUGUUGUAAAUAGUAAAUGCUAGACUUAUGAUAUUAAAUCCCUGUUUCUACUAUAGACCGGGAA